CUUGAUCGCUUGGAGCUUGGCAGUGCUGGUUGCAGUGCUUGUGAAAAUCGCUCACCUGCAGGAAAUAUGAGGUCACAGUACGUCACAGCGCCCACAGUCACUCUCCUCCUGUUCCUGCUCUGGAUCCAGUCCUCAACAGGCUGCAACAAGGCUCUCUGUGCUAGCGAUGUCAGUAAAUGCCUGAUACAGGAGCUGUGUCAGUGCCGCCCUGGGGAAGGGAACUGCUCCUGCUGCAAGGAGUGCAUGCUCUGCCUGGGCACCCUUUGGGAUGAGUGCUGCGACUGUGUUGGUAUGUGCAAUCCUCGCAAUUACAGUGACACACCUCCAACGUCCAAGAGCACUGUCGAGGAGUUGCAUGAACCAAUUCCUUCACUUUUCCGGGCACUGACAGAAGGGGAUACUCAGCUGAACUGGAAUAUCGUUUCCUUCCCUGUAGCAGAAGAACUGUCGCACCACGAGAACCUCGUUUCUUUUUUAGAAACAGUCAACCAACCCCAGCAUCAGAACGUAUCUGUUCCAAGCAACAAUGUCCACGCACCUUACUCUAGUGACAAAGAACACAUGUGUACUGUGGUGUAUUUUGAUGACUGCAUGUCAAUACAUCAGUGCAAGAUCUCUUGCGAGUCCAUGGGAGCUUCCAAAUACCGAUGGUUUCACAACGCCUGCUGUGAGUGUAUCGGGCCAGAAUGCAUCGACUAUGGCAGUAAAACUGUAAAAUGUAUGAACUGCAUGUUUUGAAGCAGGAAAAUUGUAAUAUAGCAAUACUGAGGCCAAAGUAAUCUCUCUCGGUUACAGAGAUGAGGAUUGCAAAUACUGCGUUUUGGUGGAGUGCCUACUGGUUGCAAUUAAAUGUACCUGGUUGAAAAAAGAUGUAUAAAGUCUGAAAAUUAUUUUUUUUUUAACUCAUGUAAGCAAGGCUAACUAGUAGAAGUUUCAACACUAUGUUUUAAGUUUUUCUUUAUUUCUGCAUAAAUGGUAAAGCCAUGCUCAUCCUUGCUGUUCUGAUUGUUUUCCUUUGAUUUGAAAAUAUUGACUAUACCGUUUUUCAAAAUGUAGUACUGUAUCUUGUAGUUUAGAGUAGGGAAACCUUAAAAGAAUGAGAAUUCCAUCAUCUAAGUUCAACAAAUUAUUAAAUGGCUGCUUGGUUGGGGGGGUGUCUCUAGGGGCUGGGUUUUUUUGUUUUAGUUUCUGGUUUUGUUUUUUAACUUCCAGCUUUUGAGUUUAGCCUUCUAUUGUGAAAAUGGUAUUUGGGGAAAAAAAAUAAUUCAUACUUCAAGUUCAACACAUGGGCUGUCAUGGAUAAAAUCCUAACUUCUUAGAAGGGCUGCCCAACAAAACACUACAUAUGGGACUCUUUUCUUCCCACUUUCAUUUGCCCUGUUCUCGUAAGUACAUUGGGGGCCUAUGUUGCAUAAUUUGUAUAUUAGGAAAAAAAAAUCUUUUCAGUCUUUUCUUAAAUGCCAAAAUAAAGCUGUUAAGUGCAGUUGCAUCUCCCUCCUUUCACAUUGAUCUCUAGGGUUGCUAACUCCCUGAACAUACAGUCCAGUAAAGGAAAUGUGAAAGGUUAUUAGGGAUGUAAUGACUAAAUGAAUAAAGAAGAAGGAAAUGACAUGAACUAGCAGUGGUACAGGACUGAGCAGCAGGCAUGUUCCCAUUUAGUAGUUUGCUGUGAAUAUUUAUUCCAAAACAUAAUUCUCACACACCCCCAAAAAAAUGUUGUCACUGAAGAAGGGAAGAUGUGUCUACAAAGGCAAAAUUAGGAUGUUCUGAGUUUAGAACACUGUUCAUUUUCCUAAGUUAGAGUUUUGAUAUGCUGACAGUUACAUAGCAGUUACUAUGACCCAGUUAGGGCUCCAUUGAUAAUGGUACUAAGUACGACAACAAAGUGUAUGAGUAGUUAAUGAUCAGCUUUUGCUAUUUAUAAUUAUGUGUGGUUUAACUCCUUGAAAUUUUUUUAAAAUAUGUAUAUGCAUAUGCACACACAGAAAAGAAUUUGACUCAUGUUUCUCUCAGUAACCUCAACCUGGAGGGAUUAAACUGUUUUCUAGUCACACCUGCCUAUCUGUACCAUGUACAAAUGAAAGCAGUCAUUUAAAAUUUAUUUUGCUGAAAAGUUUGUCUGAAUGUUUUUUCUAUUUUGUCUCAUGAUACAGUUCUUUCAAUAAGAUGAAAUAAUAAUAAUAAUUAAAAAAAAAUCUACUCUUGUGAAA